GUGAGUGUGGCACUCUCUCUAGUGCCCUCCACGGUGAGUGUGGCACUCUCUCUAGUGCCCUCCACGGUGAGUGUGGCACUCUCUCUAGUGCCCUCCACGGUGAGUGUGGCACUCUCUCUAGUGCCCUCCACGGUGAGUGUGGCACUCUCUCUAGUGCCCUCCACGGUGAGUGUGGCACUCUCUAGUGCCCUCCACGGUGAGUGUGGCACUCUCUCUAGUGCCCUCCACGGUGAGUGUGGCACUCUCUCUAGUGCCCUCCACGGUGAGUGUGGCACUCUCUCUAGUGCCCUCCACGGUGAGUGUGGCACUCUCUCUAGUGCCCUCCACGGUGAGUGUGGCACUCUCUCUAGUGCCCUCCACGGUGAGUGUGGCACUCUCUCUAGUGCCCUCCACGAGUUCCCCGAGAUGAAGAUGAAGCUUUUAUGGUGUGGGAUGCUGGGUCCGUGCCUGUGGCUGGGUGUUAUGAUGUUUGCUGGGGACAACUGCUCUGCCACCAUGAUCUCCCGGACGGAUGUUCCCAGAGAUAAGUGUGAUUAUCCUACACUCCAAAAUGGCAAAGUUAUUCCCUUCAAAAGUACGUAUAAAGUUGGUGAGACUGUGACGGUGCAGUGUUCUAGCGGUAGAUACUUGACCGAGGGCGACUCACGGCUGCUGUGUGGUGUGGGGGGAGAGUGGACCUCGGCCUCUAUCUUAUCUUCCAUGCCCGAGUGUCAAGUUCUGAUGUGCAAACCUCCUGUCCGCAUCGCUCAUGGCUCGGUGCAGGUCAUAGAACAUGAAAACAUUUUGCUUGGAUCUAAACAUCAUAGCUACAAUGCAGCAGACCACUUCCCAGAGGGCAGUGUAGCCGAGUACUCGUGUGACACAGGAUAUUGGCUCCAUUCGUCGUCCCGUGUGAGGCGCACUUGCCAUCGAGGAGUAUGGGCUGGAGACCUGCCUCAGUGUGUGAGCCAAGGUUGCAUGGCACCUGAGCCGGUGAUGAAUGGGUACUACAUAGAGGUGACGGGUUCAUCUGACUUGCAAUAUCCACCAGGAGCCACUCAGCAGUUUGUGUGUCACACUGGCUAUGUGCUACACGGACCCGAUCUCUUCGUUUGUAAGAAGGCCGGUGAGUGGGUACCACGAAGAGAACCACGAUGCGAACCAUCCAAACAGCUCAUUGGCUCAGAACUAUGUGCUGUGCCACCUGAAGUUGUGCAUAGUGUCCAGAAGCUUGUGCGUGGGGUGGUGACCGCUCGUGGCGUUGUUCACGGGACAACAGUGGCAUACAGGUGUCAUGCUGGCUACAGGAAUGUCUUGGCCCCAUGUGUGGCCCAUUCUCUCACCUGCCAUGAAGGACAGUGGCACGGCACUUCUCCUGAAUGUGAGGAAUUCAGCAGCUGCGUGGCUCCCCCAAACAUCGCACACGGUUUCAUGUACAAUGGAGCGGCAUCUUCGUACCCUCUUCAUUCAAAGGUGUACUACUCUUGUGAGUCAGGCUUCCGGCUCGUGGGUCCAUCUGUGUUGACAUGUGAUGACACAGGCUGCUGGACCCCACGCAUGCCACCCGUCUGUCAGUUUGCACACCAUUAUGAAGAUGGUGUUGAGAGUGAGAAGUCUGUCCUGGACAUGCAUACCAUCCUUGUGGCGACCACAGGCAGUGUUAUUGGUAUUUUGCUGAUUGUCCUCGCUCUUAUUUUGUAUCAGCGAGCUGUAAGUCCUAAGUUGGUUCGACUGCAUAACAGCGGAAGUGGAAACGAUCUGCCACCUGUUCAGCAUAAUUGUUCCCCUAAUGCCUCCCAACCACAGCCAGAGCACGACCCUGACAGAGUUGCCCUCAUUGCCUUCCCUGAUGAGGGUGUGCCACCCACAUAUGAAGAGGCAGUAAGACACAGACCAGCAAUCAUGUUCGAGCCUCACGGAGGAAACGCGGGAAGCCGUUACACUCCUCACAAUCACCGAAGUAGAGGACACAGAGUGGUGGUGCCCGGUGUGAGACGAUCACGCCAUAGAGACAACCCAGAUAACAUCUCCUAUCAAUCUAUUGGAUCAGCGCGCCAAUCUUCCAGUACAUCACGCUCAAUGAGCAUGCGCAGCUGGUCAGCUUGUGACAGCCUGGGCUCAACUGAUACUGUGGCAGUGAGUGACUCCACUAAUGUGACAGUCGACACCCAGAGCUCGGGUGGAGCCAGCAGUGGUACCUCACAAGCUCCCUCGUGUCGUGCCUUGGCUGGCUCCCUGGCAUCAUUUGACACGUCUUCUCUGGUUAAUAAUGAGGGAGCACCACUGCUUGAGGAAGCAGAAGGAGACGAUGGAUUUGAUCAGCAACGCACGGAGGACCAGUUCUCUCUCUCUACUCGGGACUCCGACAGCUUGAAAGAUAAUGUCUCUCACACACGGUCUGUUACUGUCAGCCUGCAGGAAUGAUGCACACUAAGGUCUUAUGGUGUCUAUGUUGUCUUGUUACGUCAUAUUGUAAUAGUAUAAUAAGUUUUACAGUAAAGGGUCAUUUAUCAACAUUGCAAUGCAGUACUCACUCUGCCUUUGGUUCAUAAAAUAAUUAUUGCAGUUAAAUAUCAUUUACUGAAUUUCUGGAAUGCUUCUGUAGUGUUUUGCAAAUUCUACAAGCAACAGUGUGAUUAUCCAUGUAACACCUAUGCUCAGACAUGUAUGGUGGCUGCAAGAAAUUAAAGAUGAACUAUUGAUUGGUUGUUGCAAGUCCUCUGGCAUCACAGCAAUGCUACUUUACUUUUAGGCACGAACGAUAGUUCAAUUGGUAUUUCAAAUAGUUCUCCAGGUAGACACUUCGUGGCGAGAUCAACGAGCCUGGUAAUGAAGUUUUGUGCGGGACCUUAUGGACUGUCUUACUAUUGGGACAAGAACGUAACCAUUCCAAAUAAGCUAAAUUGUAUUACAGUAUUUUCAAUGCCUAGGAAAAGUAAAGAUUUAAAAAGCAUGACACUGAAUAAAAUGUAUGAGUUUG